GCUUUAUUCAUCUAUUCAAUGUCACACUUUCGUGAACGCUAUUUUAACGUGAACAAACUGUUUGAACUCUCCAUUGAAGAAUUCAAUAAAGAGUGGAUAUUUGUCGAUAAUAUUUGGACGAGGUUCAACGGAAACAAGCUAUUGAAUGGUGAUGAAUGGAAGACUUAUGUUUGUAGGCUUUCUAAACCACAAAAAUCAAGCGAAUGUAAAGAUGAUGUUCCUCCUGAAAAACUUCCAAAAAAAGUUCGAAUCGAAAAGGCAAAAGAUUCUCCUGACCAUAGUCAUCCACUUGAUUAUAAUGAUAUGCAAAAACGAUCGAA